AUACAGUGCUACGGACCUCAUUCAGUGGUCGUAAGCCGUAGUGUCGAGUCGUGUAUUGAUUCCAUUUCGCGUCGUCGAUAGUUUACAGUGUUGUAGUUCGAGUAAUGCUAAGUGUGUUGUGAAGAUUAAUGUUAUGCACGCAAUGAGUGAUCCUGCAUCCCUCGCCGGAAUGUUACCUUUUGACUCCAUUGGGCUCUAUGAGCAGCCUAAACCGAGGUUUAUAUUUAAGAUGCCGCGAGUGGUCCCCGACCAGAAGGCGAAGUUCGAAUCUGAUGAUCUCUUUAAAAGACUGAGCAGGGAGAGCGAGGUUAGGUACACAGGCUACCGUGACCGCCCCCCAGAAGAAAGACAGAUGCGUUUUACCAGCGGCUGUCGUGAGGGUCACACCGAAAUCGCCUUCACUGCUACCGGAACCAACCUUCAACUUGUAUUCGAUCAUUCACCAUACAACAACCGGGGCUGUGAUUUUCAGAAAGAAAACGGCAAAGCUCACAUCAUAUCCCGGUUCAUAAUGAAUGGAGUGUGCGUGAGAUGGCGGGGAUGGAUCGAUUUGGAGCGUUUGGACGGUGCAGGGUGUCUUGAACUCGACGAAGAACGCGCUGCUAUUGAAGAUGCAGCAUUGCGUGACCAAAUAGAACGUUAUAAUCAGAGGCUGCGUGACUUUGAAGAUAAACAGCGCGCUUACAGAGAACACGGCGAGGAUAUGCGUGGUCACUCCCAGGUCCAUGGCGUUCAGCGUUGUCACCCGGGAAGGCAACCACCUCACGCACCACAUCCAUCUCAUCCACAUCCCUCACACCCUGUACACAUAAAACCUCACUCUCAGGGUGCGCUCAUAUCGUAAACUCAUCUUAGUCUUUCCACUGAAAGCUGUACAGAUUGUCAAGCAAUCAAUAUUGGAUGCAUACCUUAAUGUACCUUAGAUGAAGAAAGUAUUGCAAUCGUAGUUAUAAGAUUUUUGUAGCGCUAUGAAAGUCUUUUGUAUUAACCAUAAGCGAAAUGCCUCGUAGUAUGGAUAGGCCUAUCAAAACGUAGCUUAACGUUUAAGCUAUUUGUACCUAUCAUUUUAAUAAUUCUUUCUAAAAUUUAGAGACAUGUAUAGGAACCUACGGAAAAGAUUGCAGAUUUUUGUUAGAUUUCGGCUUAAUUUUUUAACUUUUAAACUAUAGAGUUGCGACAUUAUUUGUAGAUACUUUCUGAAGUUAUGAAAAUUAUUUGUAUGUUUAAAGUGAUAUUACAUUGAUUUAGUUGUGUUAUUUAAUUUUAAGAUAAUUUGUUUAUUAAAUGUGAUAGUAAUGUGAAUAAAUAGGUAUGUAUAAAUUUUAA